UUUAUGUGGGGCUGUGCAGACUGAAAGGAAGAAACUUGACCUCAUAUGAAAGAGAGGAGCCUGAAGGCUGGAGGACUGUGGCGGUGGAGGCUCCACAGUUAAAGCCAGCGAGCGAAACCGGAUAUUUAUCACUUUUACCUUCAAAAUAAAAGGUCGGCACGCCCUGACAAACAGGAAUCAAGCUUUUAUUUUUGAAACUCCUUCCCGGAAGUGGUCCCCUGCUCAUCGUGGCUGCCUUGACAUUGGUCCCUGUCCAGAAGCGGGCCGCUGGGUGGAUGAUGGCGGUGUCGGUGCUGCUGGUGCUGGAGCUGUGCCUGUACACCUGCUGCUUCGUGUGUGGGAUCGUCGCCGCCGCCUCCCUCACCAUCGUCCAGGGUAACUUCGGCGGUCUGUGCAUGCUGUAUGGACGAGUCAGCUACAAUGCGACAGGAAACGUCGUCGGAGUCCAGGCUUCCACCUCUGCCUCUCUGUGCUACUUUGUGUCGGCCAUUUCCAUAAUGGUGGCAGUGGUGUGUUUCUCCCUGUCUGUGUACUGGGUGUACGCUUUCUGCAUGGAGGGAGAAAUGAGAAGGGAGCGCCUGUGGCUGAACGUGAUGGUGUUUGUGAGCGGCAUCUUUCUGUUCUUCCUGCUCAUCACCGGCUGCAUGCUGAAGAUCGGCCGCGACUCGCUCUGCGACUCCAUCCGCCAAACCGUUACCGGGGUCAAAAGUUGUGACGAAGUUCAGAGCAAAAAUUGGGUCAGUCCACUUCAAGGAACGAGGAUCUAUACCAACCUUCACAAAUCAGAGACAGCGGUCUGGGUCAACUUCUUCUUCUGGAUCAUCAUUGGGGCGUUGGUGAUCGUCCAGAAGCGCCAGAGUUCGGGGGCGAAGCUUGUUCCCACGCCGGCCGGAUCCCUCUUCGGCGAGCCGGGGGCGACCGCCGCAGAGACGGAGCCGUUCUUCAACCGGCCCCCGCGGCCGCAGUAAUACCCGGUGACCGCUGGGAAAACUGGAGAUGUUUCUUAUUUUAUACUACGUACAUUUCAGGUUUUUCUGUAAUCAGCAGCGUACUUUAGUGACAGUAAUCACAGUUUGUGCUUUUGGCAUUGUAAUUCAAAGAUUUAAGAAUGUAACUAAAGCCAAUUUAGUUUAUUUGUUUGUAUUUUUUAAGUUGUUGAAUCAAAAACUUUGUUUUUCAGCCAAAAAUCGGGAAACCUUUAUUGCUGCAACUUAUUUUUCAUAAUCUUUACCUUCAAUUUUGUAAAAAAAAAAAAAAAAAAUCAACCAAGUUUUGUUUCAGUAACACUGAGAUAACUUAAGACUCUAGAUCUGAUACAGACCUUGUGUCCUUAUGUGAGUCAGAAAUGUUUUUUAUUCACCUAAAUCAAGUAUUAAAUAUCAAUAUAACCUCUGCAGCUUCAAAUGUGAAUGUUUGCAUUGAUAUUACUUGAUGUUUUUGUGUUAAAUCUGUAAAAGAAGCCCUUAUUUGAGAAGAAAUAUUGCUAAAUGUCUCCUCCUGCUGGCCAAUACUAAAGUCAUUUGUACUGGAA